UUUCCUGGGAGCCCGGAGGUGAAGCCGCGCCAGCAGCAGCAUCCAUGGCCUGUCUUUCCGGGUAACAACUUGUGUGUCUCCCUUUACCUCGGGCAGCGGACAGAGCCGAGGUCUCGGCAGCGGCCUGGGGGAACACCAAGACGUCUCUGGGACCUGGAAGCGUUUCCUCCUGUGGUUUUCUUUUUUAUUUUUUUUUUCCUCCAGACUCCUUGGAAAUUAAGGAAUGCAAUUCUGCCACCAUGAUGGAAGGAUUGAAAAAACGUACAAGGAAGGCCUUUGGAAUACGGAAGAAAGAAAAGGACACUGAUUCUACAGGCUCACCAGAUCGAGAUGGAAUUCAGGGGAAAAAAAAGACCCAGAAGACUCAGCUUCUCCUCACCUCUUGCUUCUGGCUCAGAGCCCUCUCGUUAACUUUGUCUCAGCAGCCCAGCCCACAUGAACCACCCUACAAUUACAAAGCAGAGUGUGCGCGUGAAGGAGGAAAAAAAGUUUCGAAGAAAAGCAAUGGGGCACCAAAUGGAUUUUAUGCAGAAAUUGAUUGGGAAAGAUAUAACUCACCUGAGCUGGAUGAAGAAGGCUACAGCAUCAGACCCGAGGAACCCGGCUCAACCAAAGGAAAGCACUUUUAUUCUUCGAGUGAAUCAGAAGAGGAAGAAGAAUCACACAAGAAAUUCAACAUCAAGAUUAAACCAUUGCAAUCUAAGGAUGUUCUUAAGAAUGCUGCAACGGUAGAUGAGUUGAAGGCAUCAAUAGGAAACAUUGCACUUUCCCCAUCACCAGUGAGGAAAAGUCCGAGGCGCAGCCCGGGUGCAAUUAAAAGGAACUUAUCCAGUGAAGAAGUGGCAAGACCCAGGCGUUCAACUCCAACUCCAGAACUUAUAAGCAAAAAGCCUCCUGAUGACACUGUGGCCCUUGCUCCCCUCUUCGGCCCACCAUUAGAAUCAGCUUUCGAUGGACAGAAGACAGAAGUUCUUCUAGAUCAGCCUGAGAUCUGGGGUUCAGGCCAAUCAAUUAAUCCAAAUCUGGAGUCGCCAAAGUUAACAAGGCCUUUUCCCUCUGGAACACCUCCACCACUGCCUCCAAAAAACGUACCAGCCACUCCACCUCGAACAGGCUCCCCCAUAACAGCUGCACCAGGAAAUGACCAGUCAGCCACAGAGGCCAAAAUUGAAAAACUACCAUCCAUCAAUGAUUUGGACAGCAUUUUUGGCCCAGUGCUGUCCCCCAAGUCUGUUGCCAUUAACACUGAAGAAAAAUGGGUCCAUUUUUCUGAUACGUCCCCGGAACACGUUACUCCAGAGUUGACUCCAAGGGAAACAGUGGUAUCUCCAACAGCUGCAUCAGACAACCCAGCUGACUCCCCAGCUUCAGGCCCUCCUGGCCCCCCGGGCCCCUCAGAUUCCCAGGGACCUCCUGGUCCUACACGCAAUGUACCAUCUCCGCUCAAUUUAGAAGAAGUCCAGAAGAAAGUUGCUGAGCAGACCUUCAUUAAAGAUGAUUACUUAGAAACAAUCUCAUCUCCUAAAGAUUUUGGGUUGGGACAGAGAGCAACUCCACCUCCCCCACCACCACCCACCUACAGGACUGUGGUUUCGUCCCCCGGACCUGGCUCGGGCAGUGGUACGGGGACCACCAGUGGUACAUCAUCUCCUGCUCGACCAGCCACUCCCUUGGUUCCCUGCAGCAGUACCACUCCACCUCCACCUCCUCCUCGACCUCCAUCCCGGCCAAAACUACCUCCAGGAAAGCCUGGAGUCGGAGAUGUGUCCAGACCCUUUAGCCCACCCAUACAUUCUUCCAGCCCUCCUCCGAUAGCACCCUUAGCCCGGGCUGAAAGCACUUCUUCAAUAUCGUCAACCAAUUCCCUGAGUGCAGCCACCACUCCCACAGUUGAGAAUGAACAGCCUUCCCUCGUUUGGUUUGACAGAGGAAAGUUUUAUUUGACUUUUGAAGGUUCCUCCAGGGGACCCAGCCCCCUAACCAUGGGAGCCCAGGACACGCUUCCUGUUGCAGCAGCAUUCACAGAAACAGUCAAUGCCUACUUCAAAGGAGCGGAUCCCAGCAAGUGUAUCGUUAAGAUUACCGGAGAAAUGGUGUUAUCCUUUCCUGCCGGCAUCACCAGGCACUUUGCCAACAACCCAUCCCCAGCCGCUCUGACGUUUCGGGUGGUAAAUUUCAGCAGGUUAGAACAUGUCCUGCCAAAUCCCCAACUUCUCUGCUGCGACAAUACACAAAAUGAUGCCAAUACCAAGGAAUUCUGGGUAAAUAUGCCAAAUUUGAUGACUCACCUAAAGAAAGUGUCUGAACAAAAACCCCAGGCUACAUAUUACAAUGUGGACAUGCUCAAAUACCAGGUGUCUGCCCAAGGCAUUCAGUCCACGCCUCUGAACCUGGCAGUGAACUGGCGGUGUGAGCCUGCAAGCACUGACCUGCGCAUAGAUUACAAGUACAACACCGAUGCAAUGACCACCGCUGUGGCCCUCAACAACGUGCAGUUCCUGGUCCCCAUAGAUGGAGGAGUGACCAAGCUCCAGGCUGUGCUCCCCCCAGCGGUCUGGAAUGCUGAACAACAAAGAAUAUUGUGGAAGAUUCCUGAUAUAUCUCAAAAGUCAGAAAAUGGAGGUGUGGGUUCAUUAUUGGCAAGAUUUCAGUUAUCUGAAGGCCCAAGCAAACCUUCCCCAUUGGUUGUACAGUUCACAAGUGAAGGAAGCACUCUUUCUGGCUGUGACAUUGAACUUGUCGGAGCGGGAUAUCGGUUUUCACUCAUCAAGAAGAGGUUUGCUGCAGGAAAAUAUUUGGCAGAUAACUGAUAAAAUCUUAUGCAAGGACUUGGAAAAUUCCUUUGUGGAGAACUGUUAUAUAAGAAACAGGUUUUCAUUCUGGUUGAUAAAAAAGAAACCAGUGUCUGCACUCUGGAUAUAUCAGCUGAAAGGUUGUGGCCUUUCAGAGAUAAUUUCCCUCACCCAGUACCAUGACGACCAGUCCUACAGUAUUUACUUCUAGCUGUAAUAUUGUUAAUGGUUUUAAAAUGGAAUUAUUGUAUUUGUAAAUUGUAUUCUCAUUCCAGUAAGGCAGUUAGACACUUGAGUUCUAGCAUUUUAUCAUACCUGAAACGGAUGUAAUUUAAACUGUGGUAUGUAAAUUUACUAGUAGUCCUGUUGAAUGGCACAGUGCUUACAGAGCUAGAUCGCAUUUUGUCAAUAUAUAAAAUUUAAAUAUAAUACUGGUUGCUGUCACAAAGGGGGUGCCACAUAGAAGAAACUUAAAGGGAACCAGAAGAAAAAAAGAACAUCUUUACUUUUCUUCAGUUCUUAGUAUGUUUUACGCUAGUGCUAAACAAAUAUUCUAUCUUUGGAUGUUUAGUGGGUUAAAUUCAGAAACUAUUUAAAAAAAUUCUAAGGUUACAGCAUAUUCAAAGAAAACCAUUACUUACCACUUUUUAAAAAGCUUUUUUUUCAAACUGCAAAUUUCAUAAAAAUGCAAACUGUGUAAACAGGGCCUCUUAUUUUUAUAACUUGUGUAAAAAGGGAAAGCAAUUCAUAUUUAAAGUUUAAGUAUAUUAAAUUAUAAUCAAGAGAGAAGAUGUUGAAAUCUUAACUAGUUUCCCCUUUCUCUACAGUUUAACAAAUGUGAAGGUUGCUGAAAAUUGUCAGGCUAAAACCAAACCUGUGGUUUAAGGUCUUAAGAUAUUCCGUAGUUGAAAUCGUUAAUAACUUUUGCACAAUUCCUCUGAACAGAUGGUCUGUCUGUCUCACACAGCACAGAUGAAUGAUACCUUGUGACUUCCUCUUAACCCCUAGGAACCAAAAUAUUGAGGAAAAGAAA